AUGUCCCUUCUGGAUUUCCAACCAGAGCUUGACAUGGCAUUUUUCUCGCUGCCGUCUGAAGAAGUUAACGAUGGUACAUCACCGGAAACGUCGAAGGAUAUGGAACACCCAGUUGACGAACAGAUGUCUAGAAUGAUGACACUUGAAUCAAACAGUCCUCGUUAUUGGAAAUUUGAGGAAGCAAUUUACACGUCUGUCUCUGCCACGAGGCGCAUGUAUGACGUUAAUAUUACUACCACCGGAAGAUUCACGAUCCCAAAUUAUGCAACAAGUACGAUCAGCAAAGCCCUCCUCGACAUAUUCUUGCGCUUGAAGUGUCUUGUGUUUUCAAGAGCAUUUGGUGCCGUCCAAAGUGAGGUGAAGCUUGGUGUUUUUUCUGUGUUGCUAUUUCGUCAUCCAGACCUCAUGAAUGACAAGCAGAGAUACCUCUUCGACACUGGGGAAAGACCGGUAAAGAUCAAGGCAGACGUGCUCACUGUUAAAAUUUGGCUUCCCGACUUUGCUGGACGAACUUCGGUGGUCCCCAGAGGAUCCGAAGAACACAAUGACUCUGAGAUGUGUUUGAAAGUAGAAGGUGUUCACCCUGUUGUCACUAAGGAAGAUAUCACAUCGCUGUUUGAGAUGUUUGGUAAACUUAAAUAUGUGCAUUUGGUCGACCAUAGAAGUAAGAAGCCGGGCUUCCUACAUGCACCAUGGUCCCAAAAAUGCGUCUUACAAUUUGAUGAUCCACAAACUGCGCAUACGAGGGGCUGCCUUGCUUUAAACAUGCUACAGAACUUUGAAUUGGCAACGAGAAGAAUCGUCAUCAGAUGGAUAAAUGGACCUUGA